AUGGUAGAGUUUGCCAUUAAAAACUCGGUGCAUGCGUCCACGACACAUACGCCGUUUUACGUGAAUGGCUUACGCCAUCCGCGUGUACCCACCUUACUAGAGUGUAACUCUGGUUUAAGGGGGGGAGGGACUCGCGCGAGCAAAAACCGAUUUGGUUCACGCUCAUCACGCUCUGACGAAGAAAUCAUUGCGUUUGAUGCCGAUAUCGAUAACAUCGAUAUCGAAGAAGAUGAUGCCAGUGAGAGUGCGGAAGCCCUUACUGAAGAAGAUGAUGCCAGUGAGAGUUCGGAAGCCCUCACUGAAGAAAAGGUUGAUGUUGCUGCAGUGCGCUCACAGCACACUGAAGCUAACGAGUCAUCAGAUGAGUUCAUACUGGCUCGUGAAACGGUAGUCCGUUUUGUGCAAGACUCCAUCGCCGAAGCGGUGGAUAAGCAAAAGCAAAACGCUGACAAGAAUGGAAGGGCAAACAUUUUUUUAUUUAAUAAAGGUGACUUAGUCCUACUGUCUACGGUUAACCCACCAAAGCAUGUAGUGACUAACUUGGGUAGCAGUAAACUACUACCCAAGUACAUCGGCCCAUUUCGUGUAUUGCACCGCCUAGGCAAUGCAUACACGAUCGAGUUGCCACGUAAGAAGCAGACGCAUCCCACGUUUUACGUUGGUCGGCUUAAGCCGUACCAUCAGUACGCUGCUUCUUCCGAUGAAGAACGCCCUUGCGCUCAAGCAUCUCGCAGAGAGCCUUGUGCUCCCGAUGGUGGGCAUCGACAAGGGUCUGAAGAGCAGUUAUCUCAGCCCGAGACCGAUCAACACUCCCACGAGCUACCCUUAGCUCGUCACGCGGAGACGUCAGAGCUCUCUCGUUCUUAA